UGCGAAAAGAUUGAUUUAAAAAGAAAUUCAAAUAAAUUAAUUGUGAAUAAAUUAUUAAGUAAUUAUAUAUAAAGUAAAAUAAUGUAAAAUAAAUAAAUAUAAAGCAAAAGAAAAAUAAUAAAUAAAAACAAAACAAAAAAAACACAAAUCGGCUGCAGCAACAGGCGGAACUAUCCAUCGCCGCCAUCAAGGAGAAAAUCGCCAGGGACAACUGGACUCAGGACCGGUGUCCCGGUCCCAUUGAGCGCACUACUCCUGCAGCUAAAGUGGCACCGCGAAUAAGUGACCAUGGAGGACCAGAUAACUGCGGCAGAGUGAGCCAAAGACAGCUGAUCGGUCCUAACCCAUGCAAUAGUGGUGCUCAUUUGUCACUCAGUGAUGCGCACUUUUGAAGCCAAAUAGGCAACACUGUACAUUGCCAGCUGUUUUUGGCUUUAGCUAUUCACAUUUACUGCGAGCUUAAUGUAUUUAAACUUUUAAAAGUUUUUGCUAUGUUGAAACGAAAACUGGAGCAGCAAGCGGCGCCAGCAUCGGGUCAAAGCUUGUCAAAGACAACAACGCUGCCUGGGAUAACAACAUCGGCGUUGUUUGCUCAACCAUUUUGGAUGCAGUUCUACGAAAUUGAGUGCGCAUUAAAUGAACAACUUUCGACGUUUGAACUGCCCCCCAACCUCAGUUGCACCUACAAUCCCGUGGAUUAUGCGGCGGCCUUGCAUUGCGCUUAUUUGCGACACUUCCUGACCAAACCGAAGCGCGUCAUAUUCAUUGGCAUGAACCCGGGACCCAAUGGCAUGGGCCAGACGGGAGUACCCUUUGGCAACAUUCGCACCGUGCGUGAAAUGAUGCAACUCUCUGGAGAAGUGCGUCAGCCACCGGUUUUGCAUCCAAAGCGUGCGGUUGACGGCUUAAAUUGCCAGAUUGAGGAGCCGAGCGGUGUGCGAUUGUGGGGAUUGAUCGAACGUUUGGCUGACGGCAGUCUGGACACUUUUGCGCAACAGUGCUUUGUCCACAACUUCUGCCCACUGGCAUUCUUCGAUGAAGCCGGACGCAAUAUUACGCCCAGCGAGCUGAAAGGUGUCCACAAGCAGCAGAUACGUGAUAUGUGCCUGGGGGCAUUGGAGCAGCAGCUGCAGCUGCUCCGUCCGCAGAUUGUGGUGGCAGUGGGCGAUUAUGUGCACACAGUGCUCCAACGUUCAAAUUAUUGUAAAUCGGUAGCUGUCCAUCGCUUGCCUCAUCCAUCGCCACGGGCGUUAAACAACACCAAUUGGCCAAAGAAGGCUGAGGCGUUUCUGGCGCAGCACGAUUUGAUUAAGUUUAUGCGUAAUGAGACAUAAAGCAACUGCAUUUAUUUAUAUUUGUAAGGUAAAUUCACACAAAAUAAAUGACAGUAGACAUAGGUUUGUAAGAUAA